UCUGUGAAAGAAUCCUACCUACAAAGGACUUCCACAGUGAGACCAAUCUUCAGAUUGCUGCCCUUGACUAAAGCAGAACCAAAUCCAGUGAGAGCCACUGGGUGAUCCCCCUCAUUUCAGGUGGUCCCCUUGCUCCUCAUGCCAGGGCACUGGAGAAAUAUGGAAGGGUCAAACCUGAGCCAAGAGACUGCAUUCAAACUCUUGGGCCUCACCAGAGACCCCCAGCUCCAGAAGCUGCUCUUCACCGUGUUCCUGGGCACACACACCAUCACUGUGCUGGGGAGCCUGAUCAUGUUCCUCCUGAUCCACAUGAGUGCUCUGCACAUACGGUACUCCCUCCUGAAGAGCCUCUCCUUCUCGGACUUCUACUACUCCUCCACGGUUGUUCCGCAGACCCUGGUGAACUUCUCAGCCAAGAGGAAGGUGAUUUCCUAUUUUGGCUGCAUGGCCCAGCUGUUCUUCUGUGAGGGUUUCACCACCAGUGAGUGCUCUCUCAUUGCCACCUUGGCCUAUGACCUCUAUGCUGCCAUUUGUAACCUGCUCUUCCCACUUGCCAUGCCUCCUGAGAUCUGUGUCUCUUUUAUUAUAGGCUUCUAUGGUGCAGGGUUUCUCAUUUCUCUUAUCCAUACAAGCUGUAUCUUUAGUCUGAAAUUCUGUGAUGCUCACAUGCUCACUCACUUCUGUGCCGGACCACCUGUCUUGUCAUAUUGUGUGGACACCAUGCUGAGUGAGAUCCUGUUUUUCCUUUUUGCUGGUUUCAACCUUUUGAGCUGCACUGUCACCAUUUUGGUCUUCUACCUCUUAAUCCUCAUUUCCAUCCUGAGAAUGAACUCAGUCCAUGGCAGGUUCAAGGCCUUUUCCACCCGUGCUUCCCAGCUCACUGCUGUUUGCCUCUUCUAUGGUACAAUACUUGUUAUGUACCUGCGCCCCAGGUCCAGCUACUCAUUGACCCAAGACCACACAGUUGCUGUGAUCUACACAGUGAUAAUCCCAAUGCUGAACCCCCUUAUUUAUUCCUUGAGAAACAAGAAUGUGAAGGAAGCUCUAAGAAAGGUUUGGGGCCAGAAAAUAAUGGAAUAA